GGUAUUACGCCAGGCUAUGGUGGGCGGAUGGGUCUUUUUCUGACCUUCAUGCCAUGCUGAGAUUGUAUGAGAAAUUCUGUCUGGCAGAUGAUCCCAAAGUAUUUUGCGAAGAAUCUGAUCUGGAUUUCAAAACCAUGAGGGAAGUUGUUUCGAAGCAUGCUGAUUUGUCAACGGCAAUGGAACUAAGUUUUCCCAUCAUUUCGGAAACCACGGCGGAAAUCAAUAUGUCAGACGAGGAGAAGGACUUAUUGCUCAAGAUUGCUUGUUUUGGGGCUUUUUAUCCGAACUACUUUUCAUCUGAGACUUUGAAAACGGAGAGUGAGAUCAAUCGAGCAUUGAAGACUGAUUCUGAUCCAAGGAAAACAGUUGUACUCUCCGGCCUGCCUACAAACUCCAGGGUUUCGUAUGCUGAUCAGGUUACCGAGUUGCUUCAAGCAGUUUCAAACAAUGUGCAAGUGAAGCAAAUUGACUCGAAAUGCUACGCGACAUUUGAUACGUGCUUGAGUGAGCCAUUGAGUUACAUGGAAUCCUUCGAGAAAAAGCAGUUGCGGCGAUUCUGCGACGUUGACACCAGUGUUUUCUUGGCCCAAAAAAUGUGGAAUCCUGAGUUCAAUCCAUUCCAAAUACGAGUCUACAACGAUGAUGGUGCUCCAAUAGUGAAGAGGAUGAAGUUUGAGGACGACAUUGAACCAGUCACAAUCCCGAAGCGUGACUUGAGCAGACUUCGAAGGAAUACAGCUUUGAAAGAAAUGAAUCCAAUGUUUGAUAUUGUUGUUGGGAAGACGGAAGAUCCUUCACACUUUUGGGCACGCCGAUACAUUGAUAAGAUUGGCAAAAUUCUAAGAAACAUCGAAAACCAUCAGCUGUUCCCUGUGCCUCACGCCGUAUUGCGUCCUGGUAUGGGCAUAUUGGUGCCACAUUUUUCAAAGACGCUGCAAAAGGAUAUGUAUUAUCGGGCGGAAGUUCUGUCGUAUACAACCAUCAGUGGUUGUCGUUGGAUUUAUGCCAGGUUGACUGAAACCGGAAUAGAUGUCAAGGUUCGUCAUGAAGACACAAGAAUGUACACGAGGGAAAUCCAGGAUAGUCUACCUUCGGAACUUCAAGAAUGGCAAGCAUUCCCAUGUGCUCUUGCAGAAACAGCUCCAUACAUGACGAGUAACACUGAAAAGAAAUACUCCCGAGAUGCCAUCUCAAAAUUUGAAGAGCUCACGAGUCCACACAACGCCCGUUUGUUGAUCAAAAUUUUUUCGGUGGAAUACGGGGUGGCCAAAGUUUUCUUGUAUGUGAGACCUGAUAACGACGUUUCACCCACUAUUGUUCAAAGCAUUUUGUAUCGAGAAUGUCUUGCUUCGCGUGUUGAGGAAAGUGAAUUGUCGAAAAAGGACGCGGCCUCGUUUAAAAGCUAUGCCAAAGGUGUCGAAAGUGAGGACUCUGCAGAGGAGUCUCGUGAGAUGUCUGGUCUGACCAUUGAUCAUGAGAUUCCUCACACGGAAGUUAUUGAUUUGAGGGGACCUUGGUCUGUUUUACGGCAUGAGUAUCAUGCAUUGGCCUUUCAGCACAGACAGAGACAAGCAAAAGUUCAGCGGGAAUCGGUGAACAGCAUUGCUUUAGACGUCAAUUGUGGUCGUGGUACUGAAAACUUUUUGGUUGCUGCUCACGUUUCUCUUGAUGGUGCUGGCGAGAAGCUGAUCGCUAGCAACACGGUAGCAAUUAACUGGAAACCGGGCAAACAAUUCCUGAUGACCAUCCUUUUUGCCCCUGCCGUCGAAUUCAGGAUUGACGCGAAGCAAGAACGGAUUGUAGGAGUUCUGUGUGGUCUACGCUAUGAAGCAAACGCAAUCCGAGCGGAGUUCAACAAGCUACUUUGCUUAACUCGUGGGAUGGAACACGCUUAUGUCGUACGUCGUUCUUCUCAGAAGAAGCUGAUGGCCAUUUUGAAGGAAUUCAUGGACACGCCAAGACGCUGCAUGAUGACUCAGCCACGGCUUUUCAGUCUUGCGGAUUUGAAACGGGAAACCUCAGAUGAUGAACUCGAUGAAUCCGAGGAUAUGCAAAUCAGUGAUGAUGAAGUUGAGAAGGGAGUCCGGUCUCAUUUUCGAACUUCAUCCUCGUCAUCCGCGUCCCUGCCCUCUCCGGGAAAACCUGUAUCGAAUUCAACUCCCUUCGUGAAAUCUGGGAUCGGAUCAAAACGAGGUUCAAUAUUCUCUGACGUUUAUUCCUCUGGUUUCUUGUUGAAAUUCUGCAGACCUCCUUACCUUACUCCGGGACUGCGGGGCAGCGAAAAUCUCAAACAUGGAACUGCGUUGUUUGCGUCGUGCAAAUCGGUCGCAAGUCGACGUGAAUCACUUGCAUCCACCUAUCGAACGCCAGGCAUGGGCACCACGGAAGCCAGCUCGAGACAAACGUUGGAAAAGUUGUCCAAGUUAUCUUUGGGAAUCGGAGGCUCUAGAGAAACACAUGAACAGCUUCGACGUCAUGGAGUAUUUGUUCCUAGGCUCGGAAACUUCACGAAACCUGAGGUUGUUGCGAACCACAUUGAUGCGGACGAUGCAGUUGACAAAUGGAAGCGUUAUUUGUACCAACGUCCGGUGCUGCCAUCUACAUCCAAUGCUAAAGUGCCAAUUCAAGACACAGACAUGCCUCUUGUUCGCACUCAAGAACCGCAUGCAAUCAGGGAAGAAAUCGCCAGAGCCAGAUUCUGCACUGUCCUUAUGGAAAAAGUUUGUCCCUUAAUCCUGAGAGUCUUCGAGGAUUUCAGCGAAGCCAAAAAACAGAAACUCCGUUUCAACUGCGUUAAAGCGAUGCUACGGGCAUUGGCUGAUGUUCACGCGUAUAUCAAAUCUUGGAUGCUGAUCAACGAAGAGGAAGCCGGGCAAACGCAACCGGUUUUGAGAAUUUUCGGGGAAAUCCAGGAGUCGGGAAAUGUUUUCGAAGGUUUCUCGAAGAUAAUUAUUGAGUUUCAAGGAGCGUUGCACGCGAAGCUGCAAGACAAAUUCCGGGAUUGCAUGGCUGAAGUAUUUGUGUAUGGAUUUGCCGCGUGUUGUUCUCAUUUUGCAGAUGAUUGCAACUGCACCGGAGUGGAUCCGAGUUUUUACGCUCCAUGUACUGUGAUGGAUUCAGAUCAAGAUUGCUCGUGUAAAGCGUGUAUUCUUGAAGAUUUCCGCGUUGUCACUGCCCUUUUGGUAGACUUGGAACUGAUCGAGUGUCUCGGUGGAGACUUCGUGUCUUCUCAUUUGAAAGCAAAAAUCCGAGCGAAGGUGAAAGAAUUGAUAGCAGAAGCGCAGAAUCAGCAGCACUCUGGAGCCCUGAUGGAGUCAUUGGAAACAAUCGUUGGGAACUGGUUGAAUGCGGUUUAUUGGCCAUCCUUGGAUGUUUUGACUUCAACGAAAAUUCGAGAUCUUCUGAUGCCUUGUGCUCAAGAACGUGCUCAUCAAGCCAAUACCAGGAUCAAGAUGUUCAUGAAGGCACAGUUGAUUGAAUAUGCGUAUCAUUCAAUUUUUGUGGUGGUUACCAGCAAUAUUUUCAACAUCAUUGUUGAAUUUCCGGAAUCCGCUGGCAUUUUGGACGAUCUGAAAGCAGCAUUCGUGCACCUGGGUUCAUCGUACAAACGCAGAUUCGUCGAUUCCCUGAAAACAGUUCUUUCGGACAAGCUUCUGCAACCAGGAGUAGCGACACACGACAUACUAACUGCUUACGUCUCUGCCCUGAAGGCGCUUCGUUACUUGGACCCGUCCGGUGUUUUAGCCCUCGAGGCGUGUAGUCCCAUGAAAAAUUAUUUAAUGACCCGCAACGACACCGUCAAAACUAUUGUGGUCAGCUUGACGGAUUCCAAGAGCGGGGGAUUGGCGGACGAAUUGACGCUUUCCGGAUUGAACCCUGCUGUUCAUGCGGAAGAUUGGGACGAGGAUGGCGGGGAUUCGGAUUACGCCGUGGGAGAGCUGGAAGACGAGAACUCUGCACCCAGGUUCGACAGCUCCAUGAGGGAAGGGGACUGGGAGGAUUGGGAACCGGAUACCUGGGAUGUGCAACCAGAAUUCCAAUCGAAGGCCAGUCGACACGCAGACAUAAUCUCAAUGCUUGUCAACAUAUACGGCAGCAGACGCGUGUUCAUUCAGGAGUAUAGAAAAAUUCUUGCCGAGAGGAUCAUCGACAGCUUCAACUUGAACCUGGAUUGCGAGAUUCGCUGCAAAGAAUUCCUCAAAAUGAGAUUCGGAGAAGCAUUUUUCCAGAACUGUGAGGUUAUGCUAACCGAUGUAAACAAAUCGUUGCGGUUAGCUUCCAUGAUUGAACAGGAGAGUGCGACGUCGCAACCUGCGUUCCAAAUGCUGACCUUGGUGCGAUCUGUCCAGUUCUGGCCUAACAUUUACCGUGGGGAGACGUUCGAGCUUCCUUCCUGCGUGAUGACGGAGUUCGACCAUUAUCGAGUCGCAUUCGAAACGCUGAAAGGAAAUAGAACAUUGAUUUGGGAUCCGCAUAUGGGAGAGGUGGAGAUUCGUGUGGAGCUUCAAGAUCGAGUUUUGAGUUUGAAGGUGCCUCCUAUCAUGGCCAGCAUAAUAUUGCACUUCCAGGAGAAAAACGCGUGGACUCUCGAUGAUCUGAGUAGUGAACUAAAAAUUGCCCCGUCGUAUUUGAAGCGAAAAAUACGAUUCUGGCAAGCCCACCGCGUUAUUCGAGAAACAAAGCCGGAUUACUUUGUUCAGUUUGAAACCGAAGAUGAAUGGAUCCAUGCAGAUAAGGAAUGUUUCGCUUCCAUACCGACGAUCGCGUACUAUGAUAAUGAUGACGAGGUUGCGCGGGAAUGUGAAGCUGAAACGACCAAGUCGAAGAUGGACGCGUUUUGGUCUUACAUCGUCGGGAUGCUGAAAAAUUUGAAGACUUUGCCGCUGAAUCGGAUACAUUCGAUGUUGAAAAUGUUCGCUAUGCAAGAAGCGUCCGCGGAAGAAUGUUCAUUGGACGAAUUGAAGGAGUAUCUUCUUACCAAAGUGCGAAGUCAGGAGCUUUUCUUUUCCAACAACAUGUUCAAGCUUCCUCCUGUCCAUAUGGAUGAGGAAAUGUCCGAAGUGAAGGAAUUAGAAGACAUCGGGGAGUUAGCAGGCUCGGCUUGCAAUUCCGAAGUGCGGGAUCCUGAGGUAGUGCUGAUAGAAGAUGAUCCCCCGAUCGAAGUUGAGCCAUCUGAGGAGAAAACUGAAUCAUCUGUUGAACCCCCACAGUCUCAGAACCUCUCGUCUAGUGCGCAGACGAAACCAAAAGAACAGCAACGCUGCAAUCCUCGAUGCAGAAUCCAAGUAUCGAACGUUCCUUUUGCCGUUGAAUGUCAAGAACUGAGGGAAGCGUUUCAAAAAGAAGUGGGAAAUGUGUCGGAUUGUCAAUUGGUUCUGGACGCUAACGGAAAAUCGACGGGAACUGCAAAUGUCGACCUAGAGAAACCCGAAGACGUCGAAUUUGCCGUCCGGACGAUGCACAGAUACAUGAUGAAAGGUCGACGCAUAGUCGUGAAAAAAUCGUCUGAUGCCUCUGCGAAAGAAAAACGCAAAAAUGAACCUCGGCGUUCCCCGCCGCGCAAUGCUGCCAAGCGUAAGGAACCCGUAGCAAAUCGAAGAAAUGCGAAUCAGCGGUCAGAAAAUCGGAGUGAUCAGCGUCAAGCUCGUGAUCGAUCGCGUCAGGAUGAACGUACUAAUUACCGUCAGGAUGAUCGCCGAGGUGACCAGCAGUCGUCGUUCCCUCGUGGUCCCGAUUUCUAUGAGACUUACGGAAUCAGUGAAGAUGUCUUGAGAAAGUUAGAAAUUGAUCCUCCUCUGAUCAAUCGUGUGUGCGUCGCCAACCUCGCAAGCGGGGUCGAUCGCAAAAAGCUUCGUGAAACUUUCAAACUAGCCGGGAAAAUACGUUGGCUAGCUAUGCUUGCCGACAGAAAUGGAAGAUUUAUUGGACGUGCCGUGAUGGAAUUUGAUCAUCCUGUCGAAGCUGUGGAGGCAAUAUCUUUGUUUGACAAGCAAAUCUAUCACGGAAGACAAUUGCGUGUAAGACUUGAUCAAGAACAUUGGGUUUCGCAAUUCAUGGAUCUCCCGAACGGCUUGAAAACCUUUGGAAAAGGACUUGGUGUGAAUGGAGCACCUCUACUCGACAUAGCAGCAAACUUUGCAGAACUGGAGGAUGAUAAGAAGCCUAAGCAGCAGGAGUCCCAAACUAUGCCCGCCGCAGCUCCGCAGAGCUUUGUUCCGUAUGGUGCCGGGCUGCUGGGUCCUGCCCCUGGAAUGCAAAACACGAGUGCAGCAGCAAUGCAGUUGCAGUCGAUACUUCAAGGGUUAGGUUCAGCUGUCGGAGCGCUUUGAUUACGUUGGAUAUCCUUGACGAAGAAGGUGUCAAUCAAUUUGAAGAUACAUUGAGAACUUGGUGUGGCUUCGUCUCUUCCUCCGGAUGUUUACGAUGAUAGAAAAGCGGAAUUCUGUCGGAACCACUUCGUUCGUGCAUUGAAAAUUUCAAGUUUAUUCGUAUUGUUCGUGCUUUUACUGCGUUGGUUUUUUUUUUUCAAUUGAGUGGACGUGCACACAUUUGUUGGAUCAGUACU